AUGGCUAGUCGCUCGCUUCUAGUUCUUAGCUUAGCGGCAUCCGCUUUGUCGCAGACCGGGCUCGCGCCCAAGGCCUUCCUCAGUCUUCCUCUCGGUGCAGUCAAGCCCGCAGGAUGGCUUCACGACCAACUUGCCGUUCAAGUCGCUGGUCUCGCGGGCCAUGAGAUGGACUUCUAUGACUACGUAUCGGAGACGGAUUGGAUGGGUGGCCCGUCAUACUACAGCAACCUCGAAGAAGCCGGGAGCUACUGGUUUAACGGCGCUGUCCCGACCGCUUUCCUCAUGGACGAUGAUACCAUCAAGAGCCAGGCGCAGGCCUUCUUGGACUGGGUCCUUGACCACCAGGAUGAGACCGGAUGGCUUGGUCCCGAAGUGAAUACGACGAAACCACGCUACCUGUGGGGUCGCUAUCCUUUCUUCUUUGGCGCAAUGCAGAUGGUCGAGGCGGAUCCGAGUCAGAAGGAUCGUGUUGUCAACGCAUUCAACCGUUUCAUCUCUCUUGCCCAUACUAUGCUGCAAAACGGUGAAGGUCUUGAGGAUUGGACGAAGACGCGUUGGGAAGACUUUGUCGUCAUGCUGCAAUGGAUGUACGACAACAACUACUCUCCCGGUAAUGAGACCCUUCUCAUCGAUACGAUGAAGCUUCUCAAGUCUACGGGUGAUCCGUGGGAACUGGUGUUUGAUGAGCAGUACUUCCCGACAACAGCGGUUGAGAACACACCCAAUCCCUUCGGACUCGAUCUGGUCUGGCAUGGUGUCAACAUGGCGGAGGGAAUGAAGGCUCUCCCUGCAACAUACCGUUUCACGCACAACCAGACCGAUCUGGACCGGAUCAGCAGCGGCUGGGACCUCCUGUUCAAGUAUCACGGCCGUCCCUCUGGGAUCUAUGCUGCGGACGAGUAUCUAGCGGGUUUGGCCGCAGUGCGCGGUACUGAACUCUGCCUGGUUGUUGAAACGAUGUUCAGCGGCUCUUAUCUGUACCAGGUCUCUGGUGACGCCAAGUACGCAGACCGCGUCGAACGCAUCACUUACAAUGCGCUACCCGCUACACUCACGGGCGACAUGUGGUCGAGACAAUAUCUACAACAGCAGAACCAGAUUGCGGCACAAAACAUGACUCCCAAUCCUUUCCCAUUGGAUGGCCCAUACUCCAACGUAUUUGGUCUGGAGCCGAACUACCCGUGCUGCACUGUGAAUCACCCGCAGGGCUGGCCGAAGUUCAUCACCAACUCCUUCGUGACCACGCCCGACCAGGAGUCCCUUGUGCAAGUCUAUCUCGGACCAUUUAGCACGUCAACGACCUUGGCUUCUGACAAUGCCGUGACUGCGUCUGUCUCGACCCUCUACCCGUUCAGCGAUGCCCUUGACAUUACUGUGACGGCCAAGAAGGCUUUCACUUACUACGUACGCAUCCCAAGUUGGACCGUCGGCGGAACGGUCUCUGUCAACGGUGGUGACGCUCAGUCAGUGGCCCCGGGCGAUAAUGGCCUGCAUGCCAUCUCCGUCGGCCAAGGCACGACGAAGAUCGCCCUCAACUUGCCGGCCGACGUCACCAUCGAGGACCGCCAAAACGGCUCAGUGGCGGUGCAUCGCGGGCCCUUGCACUACGCGUUCGACAUCUCGCGCAAGCAGACCGUACUCGCGCAGAACGCGCAGGAGUCAAAGGCAGUGGAUCUCCAAUUUGAGGCGACCGAGGCUUGGGCAUAUGCGAUCGACACGACGAAGCUUACAUUCGUGAACACGCCGCCGUCAAGUGGGUCUCUGCCCAGCCCAGUGUUCGACUCUGGUUUGCCGCCGCUGUCGAUUGUCGCACUGGCUUGCCCCAUCGACUGGCCUGUUGCCGGAGACACCUUCGCCGCUGCUCCGCCACAAAGCCCCGCGACGUGCACCGGUGACGCGAAGAACAUCACGCUGACGCCGUUUGGUUCGACCAAGCUGCGUAUCGGGGAGUUCCCCACUUUCACGUCUUGA